CUCCAUAGGGGAGUAAGCAAACAAAACAAGUAUUUAUCCUAAAUAUAUCUGUAGACGUCUGUGCCGUGCUAUAGCCAUGACAGCAUGUGACCUGGUGGCGGUAGUCAAGCCAUUUGAUCUUCAGCAGAAGGUUGCGCUUGAAAUCUUCGAGGAAUUUUACCAGCAGGGUGACGAGGAGAAAGCGGCAGGUCGGAACCCUAUUCCUAUGAUGGACAGAGACAGAGCUCAUGAACUUCCAGCUAAUCAGGUGUCAUUUAUCGUCGGUAUCUGCCUGCCGUGUUACGACCUAUUGGCUCAGCUCGUUCCUUCUGCCAAGCCUAUGUAUGACGGAGCGGCGAAGAACCUUCAGAACUGGUCUGCUCUCGUCGCCAAGCAGAAAUCUGAAGAAGAGGAAAAGAAAGAGCUGGAGGGCAAGAGCGAUGGCGAUAACAAGAAGGAAGAGAAGAAAGCAGACAAAGCACCUCCCGCUAAACCUCCACCAUCACGCACAACCAGCAAGAUGCCUAAAGAAGUUCUAGAUAGUGAUGAUGGCCUUGAAUAGAUCACUUCUUCUAGAUUCAUUGGAUGGAACACCUCUGUCCAAACUGAGUGAAAGGGUCAGAGACAUAGCCUGCCGCUAAACCUCCACCAUCUCCUACAACCAGCAACAUACCUAAAGAAGUUCUAGAUGGUGAUGAUGGCCUCAAAUAGAUCACUUCUUCUAGAUUUGUUGGAUUGAACACCUCUGUCCAAACUGAGUGAAAGGGUCAGAGACAUAGCCUGCCAAUACUUCCACCAUCUCAUACAACCAGCAACAUACCUAGUUAAGUUCUAGAUGGUGAAGAUGGCCUCAAAUAGACCACUACUUCUAGAUUCAUCAGAUGAAACACCUCUGUCCAAACUGAGUGAAAGGGUCAGAGACAUAGCCUGCCCCUAAACCUCCACCAUCUCCUACAACCAGUAACAUACCUAGUUAAGUUCUAGAUGGUGAAGAUGGCCUCAAAUAGACCACUUCUUCUAGAUUCAUCAGAUGAAACACCUCUGUCCAAACUGAGUGAAAGGGUCAGAGACAUUACCUGCCGCUAAACCUCCACCAUCUCAUACAACCAGCAACAUACCUAAUUAAGUUCUAGAUGGUGAUGAUGGCCUAGUAUAGACACACUUCUUCUAGAUUCAUUGGAUUUAACACCUCAUUUCAAAUCUGGUGUAAGGGUCUGGGAAAGUCAAAAUUGUGGACCUUCCAAAGGGCUUCUAUGGCUGUCAAACUUCUAAAGGUAUCCCCUUGGUCUUAGGUACCUUUUCAAAAUUCAGAGCCAGAUGUCUUUUGUGUGGGAUUCCGGCAAACUGCCUUUCAGUUCCGAUUCUCACCCAUCAUCAUCGAAGAAACGAUGGGAAAGCAGGAGACCCGCUAUUAAAAGAUGCAGAGUGCCUCUAUAAAGGUGUUCCUGAUAAAAGACAUUGGAAUGGAAAAAGGGUAGAAUGGGGUCUGGUACGAAAGACCUCUAACUUUCAUUGGUUUUGAUCAUCCUGUUAAUGACUAUAUCAUCUUCCAAUUUCGGCAAACUAGAGGUUGUUCAACAAGGAUCCUUUUCAUGAAGACUUGUUAUGAUAAAUUUAGGAUCACCCAAUCAGAGUGAAGGACUUCAGUAGCUUUUAACUGUUAUUGCAAUUUGUUAUUAUAACAAGUUUUAUGAAACGAGACCCAGGUACACAUGGCAAUAGAUCCCAGAAGACCGUCGCAGAAGGAGUCGCAAUCAAACACAACUCCAGAAACUUGUUUUUCAACCAAUCAAAAGCUUGUAUCAUGACCAAGGGGGGUGUUUCACAAAGAGUUAAGUACGACCUAAAGUGGAACUUUAAUUUCCAGUUGCGUGCCGAAUAAAAGACAUCACCGUAUUGGUCAAGUCAUGCUGAGAGGACUCGAUCGCUCUACUGUGUAAUAAUCAAUAAGAUUGUGCGUAACAUAUGCACACGUCAGCACUGAGCAUCACAUUAUGCUUAACUUUGUAAAACACCCCCCUGCACUUGAUUGAGUUAGUUGAGUUCACACUCGACUCUUUCUGCAAAGUUCUAAAAACAACCAUACCAUUAGAAAUCAGUUAUUAAAGCGAGAUGGGUAUCAGUUUUCAUCGGAACUGGAUAAUAACCUGCUGACCCCAGUCUUUGUAAAAAGCAUUGCAAAUACCUGUAACAGAGACAUCUUUAGGGGAAAGCAAAUGCUGUGUACCAUCAAGAAAUUCUUCGGCAAAACCUGCUUGGCUUCGGGCAACUGUCAGGGCAGGGAAAAUUCAGAUAAUGACCUUACCUUGAGGUAAUUUCCAUUGGCAUUACAUAACCUCUGCUGGUCACAAAUCUUGUUCUACUCUGGGUACUUUAUAUCCAAAUGGUGUCACACGCCCCAUGACAACAUUCAACAUGGAACUUCUAUUCAAAGAUAAUCAUGUCUUUGCUAUGAUGUUGAUAUCACCAGUUGUAUAUAUGUAUUUAUUUGGGCAUAAAGUAUAAAAUGUACUUUUCCUUUUCAGUUUUUUUUUAAUAGAUGAAUGAUAUCAACUGGUAUAGCUUUUCAUUCCAUUGUAGAAUUUAAAAAGCAUGUCAAUUUUGCUUCAAAAUGGCAAUGUGUACAGUAUGCUUUUACUUGAUGAUGGCAGAGUACAUAUAUGUAAUUGCUUAAGUAGAUCAAGAAUUGUUCAAAUAAAUUAUUGUUGAUUUCCAGCAUUUAAAGGGGGGAAUUCAGGGAAUCCUCUUUGCUUUCAUGUUGAUUCUACUAAGAGGAGAGAACAUAGAGAAAUAUUUCAUUAUAAACUCAAUACAACCUUUCAAUACACUAAAAGUUUAAAAACAUUCUUUAAUUCAUAAUUUGUUUGUGAAGUCCUUUCCAAGCUGCCUAUUAAAGCCUCAUGUACUAGUUCUGUAGAUUGUGAUUUCAUCAGACAUUCAAAAUGGUCUGUAUGAUUUACGGGUUUAUAUCCAUGCAACAAAUCUUAAAUUUAUGUAUUUUAUACAUGCUUCUACAAAAAACACUCAUUCAUUAUUAACCAUACAAAAAAACUAUUUAUGGACCAUGACAAAGCUCAAAAGGGAUACCAUAAUACAGAGGCGGCGGAACCUCAGGUUCAGACAAUGAAAGUGGAGGGGCACCUUUUGUCUACCAAACAAUAGGUGCCCCUCCACUCUCAAUGUAUGAGCCUGACAUUCCGCCGCCUCUGCCAUAAUACUAGUAUUAUAACCUUUUCAAAUAUUCUUUGUUAUAUUUUGUUUUGUGUUGAUGAUCCUCAAAUUUUCAGGUGCAUUCAUUUGUCAAAACACAAUUUGUGUAUAGAAUUGUAUUUAUAUCAUGAUAGCAAUAUGAAUGAUAGAAAUCCAUAGUAUGGUACCAGUGCAUAUGAUUAUUCAUAUGUAAUAUAAAGUACUUUCCUGUCCUAUAGCUUAUUGGACUUUCUGAAAUGACAACAACAGAGCAGUUAAUCGCAUAUCAUCAGACAUGCUUUUCAAUCUUCUCUUUAAUAAUAUAAGACUGCAACAUGAGCAUUAUAAGAUUGACAUGAGAGAAGUUUUCCUAAAAAAAAACAUGUCUGGAUUUAUGUUGACUACCCCCUCC